UCCAAUUAGAUUUGUUGUCAUGCGGCCCAAAGUUUCUGGCCGCUCUGCUGGUUAGGAGUAAAAGUCCUGCAUUAAAAUGUGACUUCAGUAAAAGUACGUGAGUAUAGUCAGGUCUUAAAGUAUUAAAGCAGUAAACUGUCACAGGUUCUUCUUCCUCCUCAGUAAAGUGCAGCAGGAUGUUGAGCUGCAGCUCCUUCUCAGCUGAUCAGUUUCAGACUGCAGCUGAUGAGUCUUUUCAUUCUGGAUCAGCCUGCUGAUUAUUUCCUCCGUCAAAGAUUCACAGUUCCCAAAGAGACGCCUUCAAACAUCUCAGUUAUUACAAUCAUUGAGAGGAGAAGCUGGAACAUGAAUGGAUUUUGCAUUAAACGAUCAAAAUAUUUGCUGAUUACUCUUCAGUCAGUCUAAUAAUCCUCCAGCUGCACUUUAGAAACUGUUGGAGUUUCAUUUUAACCAAACAUCAGAUUUUAGAAACUCUUCAUGUGAGUAAAAAUCUGACUUUGUAAAGUAACUGAAUCUGUCAGAGAAAAACAUUUCCCUCUGAGACGGAGCAGAAAGUACUCAAGUAAAGUACAAACACUUACAGUAAAAGUACUGAGUUACUGUCAGCAGGGGGCAGCAGCUCUGACUUCCUGCAUCAACACACACACUCAACAGCGACCAAUCGGACCGAAGAGGAAAACCGCUGACCAACCAGAGGCUGCUGUCUCUGCUCUGUGGCCCCGCCCACGGGGUCUAUAUAAAGACCCUGUCAGAGCCCAGGACCUGAACCGGGAGCUGAACCGGGAGCUGAACCAGGACCUGAACCGGGAGCUGAACCAGGACUGAACCAGGAGCUGUCACUACCUGCUGUCCAGUGCUUGUGCUGAAUCGUGAUGGUGGUCCAGGUGAAAGGAGGUGUGGAGGUGAUGGAGGGGAACCAGCAGAGCCUGGAGGCCAACAUCCUGCUGCUGGGGGCCCACAGCGUCGGGAAGUCCGCGCUCACCGUCAGGUUUCUGACCCGGAGGUUUAUCGGAGAGUACGGGGACAUCGAGUCCGUUUACAGCCGAGUGGACCGGAUCGCCGGUCAGAAGGUCUGCUUCAACAUCUGGGACUCUGUGUACUCGCAGGACGGAGAGCAGAACCCGUCCGUCAGUGUCAAACAGCUGCAGUGGGCUGACGGGAUGAUCCUGGUCUACAGCAUCUGCGACCGCCGCAGCUUCGACGUGGUCCGCCAGCAGCUGCAGCAGAUCCGCCGCAUCAGGAAGCCGUCGUCCGUCCCCGUCGUCAUCGUGGGGAACAAACAGGACCUCCGGCGUCACCGCAGCGUCUCCAGCGAGGAGGGACGGCUCUUCGCUCUGUCCCAGCACUGCGGCUUCUUCGAGGUGUCGGCGGCCGAGACGUACCACGGCGUCCUGCCCGUGUUUCACCGGCUGGUCGACCUCGUCAGAGAGAGCCGAGCAUUGAGGAAGAGCUCGGCCGGCGUCCGAGGGAUCGUCCGGAGCGUGUCGGCCGUGUUCGGCAAGAAACGAGCCGAGUAGACGGGAAGGAAAGAACUCGCUGGAGGGAUUAAAACCAGAGAAGAAGAGUUUUUACUGCGCCUGACGUCACAGUGACAUCAGAGCGAUGACGCCUUGUCUGUCGCUUCAUGAGAAGAGGUCAAAGGUCAGACGUGUGAUGGACAGAAGCAGGUGGAGAAAAGGUGUCCAUGGCGAAGUUUGUAAAAGCAAAGUCAAAGACGUGUUUUUGUUCCAGAGCGGCGAGAAAACACGUGAGGAGCCUUGGAGGCGAGCUGCCGCCAUGGCAACGACUGACACAUCUCAGCAGCUGAUGGUUCCCUCAGGAUGAAGAACUUUUCCUCAUCAGGUCAACGCACUUUAGUUAAUGACCAAACACCUGCAGAACUGGCGACGUUCCCAUCAGCUGCUAAUUAGCUAAUGUUAGCAUGCUAACACGCUAAACCGGAGCUGCGGUCUAGCAGCCGUGGUGACAGCUGGUUGAAUCCUCUAAAAGCUGCUUCACUGCUUCCUUUCUCACCUCCUUCAGCGCAGGGAACACUGGCGCUCCUUUAUGGAUGGAGGGCCAGAACCCGGACUUUGAACCAGGAGACCGGGAGUUCGUGUCCCGUGUGAAACAAAACAACAUAUAAUAUUACGUGUUAACUGACCUACGUAGUUAUUUUAACCCAAACCAUGAGCUCUUCCGAACUUCAAUCAGGACCAACCUGCAACGUUUCAUGACUUUAAUUAUGUGCCGUUUCAAAAUGCUAGUUUUAUUUUGAAAGAGACAUAAUUUCCCUUGUGCUGUAAUAUCCUGUGAAUAAAUACAUUCAUAAUGCAGAUGUAGUGUGAUGCAAACAGACGUCAGCAUGUUGAAACGUAUUUUUAUUUCCUCAGAUGUUUGUGAUUUUUCUGAUUAAAGU